AUGAAUUUGAUUACCAAUGGUGACGGUGCGACGGGUCCUUGUGAAACAGCUGGUGGAAUCACACAUCCGACAGGCUGGAACUAUAAUGGUACAGUUACUCAAAUAUCUUACAAUAAUCCUACUUAUGGUGACCUCAGCUUAUCUGAUCCUGGACCUAGUAAUCGCGGUCAGUGCUAUUUUUUCGGCCAAAUUUCAAGUACAACUACAAUGUGGCAAACAAUUAAUCUAAUGACCACAGUGCUUCCUACACUAAUUGAUUCACAAACAGUUUUUUUCAAUUUUUCAGCUUGGAUUGGAGGUUGGUCAACGCAAAACGAUAAUGCACAAGCUUCGUUGACUUACAAAGAUCAACUCAACCAACAAGUGGGCAGUACUACAACGAUUGGACCAGUUCUGGCGAGUGACCGAGGCGGUGUAUCCUCACUUUUGUUUCGACAAGCUCAAGGUCAGGUACCGAGCGAUGCUCGUACAGCCAUUGUGCUCGUAAAAUUUACGUGCGUGGACGGUACAUCAAAUGAUGGAGAUAUUGAUAAUAUCUCGCUAUAUUUAUACCAAUAAAUGAAAUAAUCAAAAUAGAGAAAACUUUUAUUUUUCAAGGAGGUGGACGUGGUCAUCGUGACAACAGACUUCACUUUCACCCACAACCUACAGGGCUGCUGAAUAUCUAUGAUAAAUUGAAGGCUGUGCGUGUGAGUGUGGAUGGCGUGGGUGGUGGGUUUGUGGGUGUGUGAGUGUAUGGAUGUGAGUGUAAGUGUAUGGGUGUAGGUGUGGCUGUGGGUGUGACUGUGCGGUGGAUGUGGAUGUGCCGGUGGCGGUAUACGGGUGUGAUUGUUGACCUUCUUCUCAUCUGCAAACACACCCAUGCCUAUUCACACCCUACCCUCACCCCAUCCCACACCCACACUCACACUCACAUCCACACAGCCACAGCCACACCCGACAUCCACACACCCACACCCUAUGUGUACCGCAAAAAGUGAAAAAGCGAUUCCUUAAUCCAAAAAAAAUGUAUUCACAGUUUUCAGAAUAUGAGUUCGGAUUCAGAUUUCUCGACCCCAAUUUGCUUUCGCCAACAUUUAUAAAACAUCGCUAUUUUCUCAAAAAACCUUUUCCUUGGUCCAAAAGUUUGAGCUCUAAUUUUUAAUGCUUGAUAUACCAUUUUGUAGCUCGUGAAAUUCUCUAUCGAAUGGUAUAUAAUAGUUGGGGUUUUAUUUUGACUAUGAUGGGAAACGUUUUUUUAUGAAAGCAGAAAUAGGUGAAUUUUCGCAUAAGAGGCCACAGAAAAAAAUCAGUCUUUUUGUAAUAACUCAGGAAGAUUAUAGUUAUCAGUGUUUAUGAGCAAUAAUUUGGAGAUUAAUAAUAUUGUUUUUACAGCAGUAUAUAACAGGGUGUGGGUGUGGGUAUGGGUGUGGGUGUGGGUGUGGAUGUGGGUAUGGGUGUGGGUGUGGGUAUGUGUGUGGGUGUGGGUGUGGGUAUGGGUGUGGGUGUGGGUGUGGGUGUGGGUAUGGGUGUGGGUGUGGGUGUGGGUGUCGUUCUUUGCUUCCCUUAAUAGAUCAAGUUAACAAUAUAAAUAUGUUAAAUUUUUCUUAUGACUGUAAUAAUUAAUUAUAUGAGAUUGUUUGUCAAGACUCUGGUGAGAGAGACUUCGAGUUGAAUAGUUAUAAGUACUUUUCAAUUAUCUUUAAACAAAUAUAUUCUAAUUUAAUUGAAAAUCUAUUUUUUAGAAACAACUUCUAAACUUAAAUUCCAAAAUUAUUCUAUUUAAGUUCUAAUAAUUAUUUUUAUGAUAGAACGACAAUAUAGAUUUCGAUGAUUAUGUAUGGCAAACAUAAUAAAUUUUGUAUAUUAUUCAUUCGAAGAUCUUUAAAAAUUAAACAAAAAUAAAGAAUAAUCAAGAAAAUUUCUCGAGCAUUAUUUCACAUAGAAAAACUUGUGAGAUAAGAAAAAUAAUUGUUAAUAUCGGUAAAACAAUCUAAGAGAAUUGAAAUCUUUCUUUUUCAAAGACUUGAAUUCACUUUUUAUUUAACAUAUAUUUUUUAAAAAUAAAUCAUAUUUUAUGCCAUUAAAUCUAAAUAUCUUUUCUUUUUAAUAUUUUAAGAAAGAUAAAUCUAAUUUAUUGUUAACUCUCAAAAAGAAAUUAAUUUUUUUUAAAUGAAAAUCAGAUUAUCAUAAUUUUAAUUCAUAAUGAAAAUUACAAGAAAAUAUUUGAGAAAGCUUAGGUUAUAUUUUCGCACAUAAUUUCCUCAGAAAAGAAAAAGAAAUGAAAGCUGUUAGCGCAAUCCCUUGCGGGAUUAAAAAUGUGAAACACGAUGGAUCUAUUGUUACUAAUUAAAUGGAAAUCCUUUUGUUCCAUCUCGAUACGACACAUUUGCAGCUGAACGUAUAUCUGAUGUUUUACAACUACACUUUCUCUGUCACGGUCUGUGAUGGGUACCUGGAUUGUCUGUCACGGUCUGUGAUGGGUACCUGGAUUCUCUGUCACGGUCUGUGAUGGGUACCCAGUGUUCUCUGUCACGGUCUGUGAUGGGUACCUGGAUUCUCUGUCACGGUCUGUGAUUGGUACCCAGGGUUCUCUGUCACAAUCUGUGAUGGGUACCCGAAUUCUCUGUCACGGUCUGUGAUGGGUACCUGGAUUCUCUGUCACGGUCUGUGAUGGGUACCCGGAUUCUCUGUCACGGUCUGUGAUGGGUACCUGGAUUCUCUGUCACGGUCUGUGAUGGGUACCCAAAUUCUCUGUCACGGUCUAUGAUGGGUACCUGGAUUCUCUGUCACGGUCUGUGAUGGGUACCCAGGGUUCUCUGUCACGGUCUGUGCGG